CACACACACACACACACACACACACACACACACACACACACACACACACACACACACACAUGCAAAUACGCGCAAAACACACUUUUUAAACCCCACCCCGUGCCACAGAACUGUGUGACAGCAGGCAUCAGUGGGGGUCUAUCUUCUGAGCGAGAUAGAGAGGGGAGGAGCCACAGGUUGACAGAGAGAGAGUCGGGGAAUAACUGUAUUUAACUGUAUCUCAACACAUAACUGUAAGAGGACUAGCAACACUCAAUUGCAUAAUGCCCAACAGUCAUUUGUGAUUGCACCUUUAUAUAAUUACGUUUUUCAAAAAAGGUUUUUAUCAAAAGUGUCUUGCCGCCACAUUACCUGCUAGUUUCCUGAGAAUUUGGGGGCCCCAACCGGAUGGCUGCAACUCAAGCUGUACUGCCCUCGUUCAGUUCAUUCUCAAACUUCUCCAACUCCAGUCAGGACAUGAAGGUGUGGAGGUUUGAGGAUGGCUCGCUGGGCUCUCUGGGCUUUGAUGCUCAGGACAGAAGGUCACUGCUAGAGUUCCACAGCGCUGAGCAGCAGGACCUGCCACCGGCCUUCAGGGAGGCCCAGCUGGACGACGAGCACAGUGCAAACUGGGACAUGGAGUUUUUACUGUCCAGCUGGGGCAGCACGUCACCUGAUCAGGGCACCAGUCAGGACUCCAACUCCCACCGGCCCCCUGCGGCUGGUCAAGACCCGGGCCGGCUGUUCCAGGGGAGCGUCCAGGAGCGGCCGGCCCUGAAGGAGCACGCAGGGCUGGACAGGCACUACGCCAGCACUGGCAGCUUGAUGGCCGAGCUCCUCUCCCCGGAGGAGUCUGUGAGCUGCUCCAUACCAGAGCUCUACAACGGGGGCUACCUGGGAGAGCAGCAGGGGAAGCCGUACGCUCUCCACUCCGACACCACACACCAGUACGGCGUCCCGCUCGGACACAACCCAGAGGGCCCAAAUGACCACAGCAAGGUCAAGUCCUGGGAGUACGGCUACUUCCCUCAACUCCCGUCUUUAAUGGCGUUCCCAGAGUCCAGGUUCCCCCCCGUGGCGUCUGUGGACGCAGAAGCCCCCGGGGGUCACUCCCAACGCUCGGCCUACAACAUCCUCCCAAACUACCACCACCACCCAAAGCUGUACCCCCACCAGCUGGGCCCUGCUGCCUUUGUCCACAGGCAGGCAGCAGGGGUCUACAGCUCCACCACCAGCUUGCUCCCUGACUCCACAGUGCCCUCUACGGGCCUGGAAGGGAAACGCGGGCGCAAAGGGGUGGCCAAGAAGAGGGCCGCGGUGCACAGCUGUGAAUACCCCGGCUGCAGCAAGACCUACACCAAGAGCUCACACCUCAAAGCGCACCUGCGCACUCACACAGGUGAGAAGCCCUACCUGUGCUCGUGGGAGGGCUGUGGGUGGAAGUUUGCCCGUUCGGAUGAGUUGACCCGCCACUUCCGCAAACACACGGGCCAGAAGCCUUACGAGUGCAUGCUGUGCCAGAGAGCCUUCUCCCGCUCUGACCAUCUGGCCCUGCACAUGAAGAGACAUAUAUGAGCUAUGGCUUUCCAAUAGUGCAGUGCAAACGGUAGACAGGAAUGACCAGGUCAGCCCCACUGAGGACCUGAGAAGAAUCUGACCUGAGGAGGUGCACGCUGACAUACAGCUGCUUUAGGUCAUUUACAGGGCCAAGUUCAGGGCAGCGUGAAGCUUCAGUCUGAAUGAUCUCACCCCAUAGCUAGCAGCUCAACGUAUCUGAAGGUAGCUCUGACGGCGUGAGGAACACUACUUGAAGCCCCUCACCUGAGGGAACUGUGCUAAAUGGCCACACAUGGAACAGGAACCAUGGCCGCUGUAGGUUCAGUCCUGGCUUUUAUUUUUGCAAAAAUAGCAAAUAUGUACAGUAUAAGGUAUCUUUUUUUUAUUUCUUUUCCUCUUUUCCUCUUAUAUUUAAUUUAGAUGAAAUUUACUUUACAACAUUUACAUACCUUCAGCUCAGAGUAAAUAACACUUUAAAAAUUUUAAUGUAAAAAUAGGAAAGAUAGUUGAUGGCACACGUGGAUUAACAUCUAUGGAGCUGAACUGUAGGUUUGUUUUUGUACAUCUAGACAGACAGACGUGCCUUCCAUACCUUCCAUUACACCAAUGAUUUCCUAGCAUUAUCUAUUUCAUAUUUAUUCAUCAUUUUUUCGCAAGGUCUAUUAUGUGAAAUAUUUACUUAUUACUAAGAGUUGUCAGUUGAAACUGUCUCUAUUUAUUCAUUGUUACCCUUAGAAGAUGCUACAGUAAGUUUUUGUUAUGGCUUUGUAUGUAUUUUAUAAAGUAUCCUUUUUAUGUUUUCUAUACUUUUGCAAAUAAAUAAAGCACUGGGGAUAAAUUGUGAGGUAACAUUUUGAUUGUUGAUUGGCCACUCCAAAUGGCCAGUAGAUGGCGCCAUGGCUCUGAGCGGGUGGA